CCACGAAAUCAAUUUCUCAAGGUAGUUUGUCUCGUAUAUAGAAUUCACGUAUCCCGUAAAGAGAGACUUCAAUUCAAUUCUGGAACUGAAUGGAAUUGGAAAGCACAGUUUCUUGUUGAGCAGUCCAGCAAUCUGUAGCAGAGAACAUGAAGAAGGCAGUCCAAUUAGCCUCUUGUCAAUCCCUUAUUCUCCUUCUAAUCAAAUCAUUACUACCACUAUUUAUGCUGCCAGAAACAGUAGUGGCAGAUCCGAGAACCAAGACAGUGCAAAUAAUGUGUGGAAGACAGACAGAGCACAAUAUCACAAACUUUGUGUCAAAUUUUGUUACAACCAUGGAUGUUAUCAGUGAUCAGAUGCGCCAUGAUGGGUAUGGCACAGCAGUUUCAGGGAGAGGUCCUGAUACUAACUAUGGCCUUGCUGAGUGCUAUGGUGAUCUUUCCUUACUUGACUGUGUCCUAUGUUAUGCUGAGGCACGAACAGUUCUUCCUAAGUGCUUCCCCAGCAAUAGUGGUCGUAUAUACCUUGAUGGUUGCUUUAUGAGGGCUGAGAAUUACAGCUUCUUUCAUGAGUACAGAGGAGAAGAAGACAGGGCUGUGUGCGGAAACACAACCAGAAAAGGCUCGAGUUUUCAAGCAACAGUGAAGCAGGCGGUUCUGAGUGCAGUUGAAACCGCAACAAAUAAUGACGGGUAUGCCAGGGGGAAGGUUGCUGUAUCAGGAACAGCAAAUGAGUCAGCUCAUGUUCUGGCUAAUUGUUGGCAAAGUUUGAACACAAGCUCCUGUAAAGCUUGUCUUGAAGAUGCUUCUUCUUCGAUAUUCGGAUGCUUGCCCUGGUCGGAAGGAAGAGCUCUGAAUACUGGCUGCUUCAUGAGGUAUUCAGACACAGAUUUCCUGAACAAGGAACUGGAAAGUAAAAGCUCAUCAGGUAAUAUAGUAGUGCUAGUGGUUGCAAUUGUCAGUUCAGUGAUUGUUUUCGUGGUUGCAACUGCCUUCGGGGUUUAUGUCUGGAAACAGAGAUACAUUCAAAUGAAACGGAGAGCUUCAAAUGACGUAGAAAAGUUAGCAAAGACCCUUCACCACAACGGCUUGAACUUCAAGUACUCAACAUUGGAGAGGGCAACCGACUCUUUCGAUGUUGCUAACAAGCUUGGACAAGGAGGGUUUGGGACAGUUUACAAAGGAAUUUUGCCUGAUGGAAGAGAGAUUGCAGUCAAGAGGUUAUAUUUUAACAACAGACAUAGAGCAGAAGAUUUCUAUAAUGAAGUCAACAUAAUCAGCAGCGUGGAACAUAAAAAUCUAGUCAGAUUGUUAGGAUGCAGUUGUGCAGGGCCUGAAAGCCUUCUUGUUUAUGAGUAUCUACCCAACAGAAGUCUUGAUCGUUUCAUUUUUGAUAAAAACAGAGGCAAGGAACUAAACUGGGAUAGGAGAUAUGAGAUUAUCAUUGGGACUGCAGAAGCAUUAGUCUACCUGCACGAGAAGUCCAAGAUUAAGAUAAUUCAUAGAGAUAUAAAAGCCAGCAAUAUCUUACUGGACGCAAGGCUUCGAGCUAAAAUUGCAGACUUUGGUUUGGCUAGGUCUUUCCAAGAAGAAAAAAGCCACAUCAGUACAGCUAUUGCAGGAACUUUAGGGUAUAUGGCUCCAGAGUACCUAGCUCAUGGUCAAUUAACAGAGAAAGCAGAUGUAUAUGGUUUUGGUGUGCUUCUGCUAGAAAUAGUUACUGGGAGACAGAAUAACAGAAGCAAAGCAUCAGAAUAUUCAGACAGCCUAAUUACAGUGACAUGGAAGCAUUUUCAGUCAGGGACAGCAGGACAACUACUUGAUCCAAAUCUAACAUCGCAGGAAAACCACAAUAGCGAUGUUAAAGAUGAAAUUCUAAGAGUGGUGCACAUAGGACUUCUAUGCACUCAAGAGAUCUCUUCAUUGCGACCAACUAUGGCAAAAGCUUUAGAGAUGCUAACUAAGAAGGAGGAGCAACUUCCUGCUCCCUCAAAUCCACCCUUCAUAGAUGAAAGCACAAUGGAACUCCAAGACAUAUAUGGUGAUCCAUUCUAUCCUCUCAAUGCAGCAGAUUCAAUUGCUACUAUGUCCCACAGCGAAUUUUACCCCAGGUGACCAUCAGAUUGGAGAGAGAAAUCACUUAUAUGCAUCAAAUUCUGCACGCCAGCUUCACUUGAGCUGGCAGAUGCUCGGCUCGGCUCAAACUUGCAUAAGUUGGAAGUCGCUAGCAAUUCUUUGCAUCAUCCGAAAUUUUAUGAUGUUCACAUUUAGAUACAUGGGAAGUAGCUAAGCUUUCAGACAUCCUAGUAGAGUUGUAGGUAGUAAAUAGUGGAUAUUGAAUAAAUCGAAUCAUGAUCGACUUCACAUGGAUUUUUGGGUCAA